AUGGAAAAUGCUAUAUUCUACUUGUUGGCACAACUUUUACCAUCAGAAAGAAAAAAUUUCUGUUGUAAUCCUGUACUAAGGUACUUAAUACCACCUUUACGCCCAUUACCACUUUCUUUAUAUAAUCUUUAUAUAUCUAAUUCUCAAGAAAAUUUUAGUCAUCUUAGUCAUCAGUACAAUUCACUGUUUUUAUUUACAACACUUGGUUAUACAGGUGGUGUAGUUCACUUACAACAUCCUCAUACUUUUGCUAUCAAUAGCCAGGCAUACUACCAAAUUCAUUCUACUAACAUGACAGGAAACCCACUUGAUAAAGAUAGUGUUAAUUUAAUUGAGCAAGAGUUAGCUACUAUUAAUCCGUUUGUUCAAGCACAAUCUUUUAAAGAUUUACAAACAGUAAAUGGAAAUUUAUAUUCCACAUUUCAAGAUGCUACACAUGCUUUGGGUUUACUAGAAAACAUAACAGAAUACGAACAAUGCUUUAAUAAAGCCAUGUCUUAUAACUGUGCUCCAGGACAACUCUGCCUGCUAUUUUGCUGGCUUAUUAUAGAAGGCAUAGCAGCUCAAACGAUAUGGCAAAAUCAUCAUGAACUAUUAUCCACUGAUUAUAUAGCUAAAAAGAGAAAUACGCAAGAAAGAGAAAAUGAAGCUCUAAUGUGGAUUACCAAUUUUUUAGAAGAGCAUGGUAUUAAAAUAACACAAACAGGCUUGCCACAACCAUCAAAUUAUUUAUCAGAAAUAAUACGCAUUAAGACACAAUAG